AUGGAGUCGUCGACGGCGUUAAUGGCCAGGUAUUUGGACCCGGCAAGCAGACGAAGUUUGGUAAAAAGUUUGGUGAGUGAAGUUGCACGUGAUCCGCAGGCAUUAUCGGCAUUAGUGGCAUUGUCUGAAGACUUGGACCCUGAGACCUUUGAUUCCAUUUUCGAAGAGUUGUACAAAUAUGUUAUUACUCUGACGGAUAACUUGGAAAUGGAAAGUCAACAGAACGUUUGUGUUUUGGUUUCAAAGAUUCCAAAGUUAACAGAUGCUUGGUUCCUCCACGUGACGCAGUAUCUUGAAACUUAUGUGCAUCAGAAUCCCCUGGAUAUUUGGAAAUCGUAUAAGACAGUUAUAGUGGAGAACCAUUUAGUUUUGGUUGCAACUGAAACUGAAGCUGAGGCUGAAGUUGAGGUUUCCAAAAAAUUUUUGAUUGGAAUUCUUGGAUUUAUUGAAAGGACAUUGGAAGCUUUAGGGUCUUCCAGUACUUAUCUGAAUUCAAAGCUUGACAAUUGUCUUUUAGUGUUGUUAGGAAACCAAGAACCAGAUAUAUCUUCUCGUUGUUCCAAGUUAUUGAGAUGGAGAAUAAACCAGAUUACUGAAGAAAGAAGCUCUAAUGUCGUUUGGGAUAUCAUAUAUCUGUUAGAAACUAUUCCUUAUAAAGCUAGUAAAGAUCAUGCAUAUAUAUUCUGGUUAAGAUACUUGAAUUUUAACAGUGCUAAUCUUGGAAGUUCCAAGUUGUUCCAACAGCGUCUUGCCACAGAUAAGUAUUGGGAAGUUUUGAAGAGUGGGUUGACAAGUGAAUAUCAUGAUCAUCGGAAAUAUUGUCUUUCGAUAUUACAAUUAUCUCUUAAAUCUGUCAACUGUUCCUUCUUCAAUUCCGUUAUCACCUGGGACAAUGAAGAACGUGAUAAAUAUUUAAGAGAAUGGAAGAGAUUUGCUACUGUAUACGAGAUCAUAGCAAUAGAUGCUUCCUUACACCAAGCUGAAGCAGCUAUUAAUGAUAUUAUGUCUUUGCUUUCUUCAAAGGACUCAUUGAUUCAUCCUUCAUGGGGGAUCUGCCUAUUUGCCAAUGGGUUCCGUGCAGCUAUGGAUUCUAUGAGGAAGUUCACUCGUUCUUUACUCUUUUCAGUUCCCAAUGAACGUCUUGGGUUAUUCAAAUAUGAUCUUGCUUCGUUCGAGAACAUCAUCUUGCCCUAUGCCAUGCAAGCACUGAAUUUUGUGGUUAAAUACAAUGAUACUUCCAAACAGAACGAAUGUAUUUAUGGCCAAGCCCUUUCAAAUUUGAUACUGAACAUGUUGAUGAAUAUUGCCGACGAUGAGGAUGUGCUGCUUACUGCUACUGCAAUAUUUAAUGUCCUUGUUCGUUCUAAGGAUGCAUUUGACCCUUCAAGAAUUUAUGUUGCAUUAGGGAUGUUGAAUGGACUUGGUGAUGGUUGUCUUAAAUUUGGUACGCAUGAAUCUCAAUUGACUACUUUAUUCGAGUGUUCAUGUGAAGGAUUUGUGUAUGAAAACUGUUCCCAGACCAUCUUCCUUCGCUUAUUGACCAAGUUCAAGGUGGAGGAGUCACUUAGUGAUUUCCUUGAUACCUUGAGAAAGUUCACCAAGUUUAAUGGCACGGAAAUAUUACUUGCUAAUGCUCAUAUUCUUGGGGAGUUUGUUGUUUCAAACGGCUUUGACAUCAUCAACGAAGUUAAAAGCAACAACUCUUCUGACGAUAAGAAAGCUUUGUUGAUCCCUUUAUUAUUGGAUGAGAAUAAAAAUAAGGAUGAGAUAGUUCAAUAUGUCGUAUCUCAGAACAAGUCGUUGUUCUGCUACCUUAUUGAGUGCAAUUUGCUUAAUGGUCUUCUUAUGGACGACAAUGUCGAGAUGCAACAGUUCUCCCAAGCUAACGCCAAGUAUCUUCUAUUGGAAUCAAGAUCAUUUGAGCUAUUAGAUGCAGUUUCCAAGACCAACGUCACCACCAAGCUUUCCAUAGCUGACGAUCAAGACUAUGUGACUGCUUUGGAGCUUAUCAAACAGGAAUUGAAAAGCAAAGACUACCAUUCAUGUCAAAUAGCAUCAAGAAGAUUGAGACUAAUGAAGACUUUGUACUUGAACUCUGGCUAUGUUUUUGAUUUGCAAUCCUUGCUUCUGUUUGAGAAGUAUGUGGAUAUUUUAAAGAAGUCACCUAAUUUGAAGGAGCACUUGGACCACUAUAAGUUAGUCGAGUUGAUUCAAGCUGACCAUUUACAAUUGAUCCAGGCCACUCUUGAAAGAAGCCAGACUGUGGUUGAUUUCAGGGCCAUUUUCGCAUUAAUGAAUACUUCAUCCACUAGUUUUGAUUUAAACGUUGCAAUGAUCUCGUUGAUCAAGUUUAUACUUGGGUCCUUCAAGGAUUCCUCCUUGGUUGAAGAUUUGACGGGAUUCUUAGCGGAAUUGUGGGAGAAUAUCAGUUCAAGUAGAUUGAAAUUGAAUGAGAACCGUUUACACCUAUUGAUAAUAGAGGCAAUGCUUGAUAAAAAAAUCAUUGACGUUUCUUUGGAUAGUGAAGUGGUAUCCCAACAAUUACUUGUCUUUUGCUUAUCAGUGAUUGAAAACUCUUAUGGAAGAAGAAGCUUGUUGCCCACACUUACUAGAAAGAUCUCAGAGUAUCAACUCUUGCAACCUUCAAGGUUUUCUAAGUUGAAAUGGAUACCUGAAGUUUUUGUUGGAGCCUUAACCAUGAAUCAAUUGAAGACCAACUCUUUUAAGCUAGAGACUGUGGUUGGUGAUCUCUUUGAUAGUGUUUUCCCAGGAGGUCCAGAACCGUUAUACAAAUCCAUUUAUGGUGCAGAAGAGAUUAGUUCUAGGGUUAAUCUCAUGGCUAUAUUACUAACCAAUCAGUCCGAGGAGUUUUCUUCUACUAUGGUGAAGUAUAUUAUGGAGAAUGAGAACAAGUAUCAUCUUUUACAGCCUAUAAAGUCUACAGAUGGAGCAGAAGAGCAUGUGAGAAUUCAAUUACUAACCAUAAUUUUAUCCCUAAUGAAGCCAUUAAUCAAGUCAAGUGACCUGACUUUAUUGGACAAUUAUAUGGGGACAUUUCAUGAUUUACUAGACACUGAACCCAGUCCAUUAGUGAGGAUUUACAUUGAAUGGAUCAUUUGUCUUUACUCCAAUGAAGUACAGUUGACAGUGAUGUUGAGCAGAUUAGUCGAUGGUGAUGGUGACUCCAAGAUUAAACCAAGCAGACUGAUUUCGUACCAGAGAAUCUUGUUCCUUGCCAUUAAACAGCUUCCAAAGAGCAAAGAAGAACAGUUGCUCAACCAGUUCAUUACGGUCGUGUUACCUGAAGCCACGUCCAACAAGGUGAUCAUGAGACACUUUUCGUUGUCGUUGAUCACGUCCAUUUACGACGAGGUGAACCAGAAGAACCUUGCCAUAGAGCAUGGACUAAUGGUGAUCUUGGAGUCGCUCUACCAAACAGCAGUCCAGAGUGAGUCGUUUGGACUGUACCGUAGUGGAAGUGCUUUAUUAUGGGACAGUGAACAAGACUACAAUCUUUUGUCGCUUUCAGGAAGAAUUCUUCUUCGUAUCACGGACCGUGACGACUUGCCCAACAUCACUCCAGCCCAGGCCAACUUAUAUUUGAGCGAGGAGCAACGGGGAGCUCUUGAUAUCGCCGUAGGGGACGAACACAUUGACAGCUUGUGGGCCAAGCCAGAAAGAGCCCCGCACACCAAAUUCUCCGUAGCUGACUCCCAUGCCGGCAAAACGACUCCGCUUCAAACCAAGUCUGGUGCCUGGGAGACCACCGUUGAUGUCGAUAUUGAAAACUCCAGAGAAAAGGCCGUUGUUCGAAGCGAUUUAAUAGUGGUCGCAUCUUUGGUCGACAAGCCUCCCAACUUGGGAGGGAUCUGUCGGUUAUGUGAUGUUCUUGGAGCCGGCUUAUUGGCGUUACACGAUAUCCGAGUCAAGAACCAUACACUGUUCAAGACUGUGGCUGUUACUGCGGACAACUGGAUGCCCAUGGUCGAGGUAACUCCAAACCAGAUAAGAGACUUUAUCCUUGAGAAGAAGACACAAGGCUACACUUUGAUUGGCUUAGAGCAAACAGACAACUCCAUUGAGCUUAAUAGCGACUUCCAAUUUCCUAAGAAGUCGUUGAUAGUCUUGGGAGCGGAAAAGGAAGGUAUAAGAGGAGAUUUAUUGGCCGAAUUGGACUGUUGUCUUGAGAUAAAACAAGUUGGUGUUAUAAGAUCCAUGAACAUUCAAACCGCUACAGCCAUUAUAGUCCAUGCCUAUUCGAGUCAGCACUGUUAA